AAACAGAGAAACACUUAGGUUUCAUAAGAUAGACAAAAGAGAUUGGUGGGUCUGAGGAGAUAAGACACUACUUCUCCUUUUAAGCUUUCACUUAAAGAAAAACAUAAGAAGAAAUUAUGAGUUUGUGGGGAGUGAUGGGAAGAGGGUGUGGACUGGUAGAAGAAGGUUGGAGAAAAGGGCCUUGGACUGCUGAAGAAGACCGCCUUUUGAUCAAUUAUGUGCAGCUUCACGGUGAAGGCCGAUGGAACUCUGUGGCAAGACUCACAGGACUGAAGAGAAAUGGCAAAAGCUGUAGGUUAAGAUGGGUUAAUUACUUAAGACCAGACCUCAGGAGAGGACAGAUCACUCCUCAUGAAGAAACCAUUAUCCUUGAGUUACAUGCUAAAUGGGGCAACAGGUGGUCAACAAUCGCUCGUAGUUUACCGGGAAGAACAGAUAACGAGAUCAAGAACUAUUGGAGAACCCAUUUCAAGAAGAAGACAAAAUCUCCAACUAACAAUGCGGAGAAAACGAAAAGCAGAAUCUUGAAGAGGCAACAAUUUCAGCAGCAAAGACAGAUGGAGUUCCAGCAAGAACAACAAUUGCUUCAAGUCAACCAAAUCGACAUGAAAAAGAUCAUGUUUUUACUAAACGAUGACAAUAGUUUCAGUAGCAGUAGUCACAGUAGUGGCGAAGGCGGUGCUUUCUAUGUUUCUCAUCAGAUCACACAUUCAACACCAAAUUCUGGUCAUGACCCAAACGGUAAUGGGUUUUACCCGGUGGUUCCGGUGCCUACACCUGAGGCUAACGUGAAUGAAGAUUACGCAAUUUGGGAUGGUAUAUGGAAUCUGGAUUUGGAAGGACAAGGAAGCUUUGGUGACGGUGCUUGUGUCCCAAGGAAGCACUGUUCUCAGAACUUGCAUAUUCCCUUUAACUUGACCUUUUAAGUGUCUUAUAUGCUGGAAAAU